AUGGGGGCAAAGUUCGUCGCCCUACUUCUGGCCUUGACAGCCUCUGCCUCACCCGAGUAUCUACAGCGUGCUCCCCGCUCUCUCGGCCCAAACGCCGGGUUCCAAGACCGCCAUGUAGCUCGGCAGGCGGCAUCAUGUACUGCCUCGUGGAAUGGGACGCAGCUGACAGGCGCGGCGGAGGACACAGCUUGUCGCUUCACUGUGCGCUAUGGACGGGCUGGGCGAUGGGAGGACAGUGUCGUUGCCAACCAAGAUGGAGUGGACGCCGCGUCGUUCCCCAAGAUGUGCCCGCAGAUCGGGGCAGUCAAGUCUGCCCUACCGACCCCAGAGGAGUCUGAUGAGGACUGUCUCUUCAUGACUGUGUAUAAGCCUGCGAACGCAACGGCAGAGUCCAAGCUUCCCGUUUUCUUCUGGCUCCAUGGCGGCGCAUAUGUGAUCGGCUCGAUAUCAGACUCGGGCUUUGAUGGCUCAAAGAUGGCUGAGGAGGAUGGUAUCGUUGCGGUGUUUGCUCAGUAUCGGCUUGGCGUGCUCGGCUUCCUCCCACCCGAGGGCGCAUCGACCAUCAACGACCCGAACCUCGCCGUACGUGAUGCCGUGCUCGCCCUCAACGCCGUCAAGACCAACAUUGCCGCUAUGGGCGGCGACCCGUCCCGCGUGACCCUCGGCGGACAGAGUGCGGGAGCGUCCCUCACGAGGACCCUCCUCGCCGUCCCAGCCGCCAAGGGCCUGUUCCACGGAGCCAUCAUCCAGUCUGACCCCUUCCACUUUGGUACGCAGACGUUUGAGAACGCCGCAGCCCUCCGCGAAAGCGUGUACGGCAACGUAACGCUGGCCAACUGCACCGGCGAGUGCCUGAAGAACGUGAGCCUCCAAGCUCUUCUGUCGGUGCAGGACCAGGUCUUGGAAACUGCCCCGUUCAGUAUCACCGGCGUGCCAAUCGGCGAGGUGUUCCGUCCACAGUUCAACACCACCACGCUCCCCGUCGACCCAGUCUCGGCAAUCUUCUACAACCCCUCGGCGAUCGCAGCCAACAUCUCCACUCUCCCUGUACUCAUAUCGUACACGCGUAACGAGAGUGGUUUCACCAUCGACAGCUUUAUUACCGGCGGCGCCCAGGUCGCCAAUGACUUCGUGUUCAACCUCAUCAUCAAUAAACUGCUCGGCACUGAGCGUGCCAAGGUAUUCCUUGAUGCUGGCGUGUAUCCACUCGUCCCAGGGCCAGACGGUAUGCGUACCUCGCUGGAAAUUCCUGUCACAGACGCGGUUUGGCGGUGUAUCUCCCUCGCCGUUGGGCAGAAAUAUGCUGCGGCUGGAGGCAAGGUUUACGUCGGCGAGUGGACAAAGGGUACAGGAUUCAACGCCCCGGGUGGGUACUGCAGCAGGCCGGAGGCAGUGCGUCACAGCGACGACAUCUAUCCGACCUUUGAUAGCUCGCCGAACGCUGCUGCCAACGCGACUAUUCUCGCGGAUGAGGUUAGACCGUUCUGGGCGUCGUUCAUCAAGACUGGUAACCCGGGGGGAAACUGGAAGGCUUUCUCGGCAAACUCGACCGUUGCUGACGUUUACAACAUCGGUAAUGAGAAUACGCUCUCGACGUGUCCCCCCAGCUUCUGGGGCGACAAGAUCAAGUGGGACUGGCAGUUGUAUAGCAACACGACGAAUAGUACCGCUCCACCGCCAGGGACGUCCUCGCCCACUGGUGGUAAGAAGAACGGAGCUCUGCCAGGCUCUCCUAUGGGGCUCGGCGUCAUGGUCCUCUCGGCUCUCCUGGGCGCGGUUGCCGUUCUCCUGUAG